AUGAAGCAGUCAUACCCAUUCACAUCAACAAAGGGUGCCCACCCUUUGUCAAGUAAAACUAGAGGAAAAUCGGCCAGCCAAACCGUUUCGAUUGGGCCUUUUUUCCCUAACCCAGAACUGUUGGCGAUACUUUCACCUUUAUCGUCGCCGAUUCAAAACGAUCGUAACCAGCCUAACCUGGAUGUUAACGUUCCCUUAGCGGAAACAAGCUCUUCCAAACAAGCUCUUACUGAGCCGUUAUUCCCAUCAUUUUCGCAUCAUGCCGGCUCAACAGUCACAGGUGAAGUACAUUCUGCUCAGUCUCAAAAUCAAUAUGUUUGCCACGGCUCUUUGGCUCUUGGUACUUAUUCCCGUCAACCCCGUCCGGCUUAUACGAUGUGUCCCAGCUCUACGACAAUGCCCGGUCCUCAUCACUCUGGUAGUGUUAUGUGUCACCAAAAUAUCACCAUGUCAUCAACCUUCGGCAGUUUCCUAUCAACCUCAGUCGUAGCUGAUCAUGGCACCGAAUCCUGUUCUCGACGAGCAGCGACCGGAGUCAUCGGUUAUGCUGGCAGAACAGCCUCGCCACCCAUGGGCGGUAAUUCUAGCUCGUACCAAUCAACCGACUUCUUGAGUUCGACCCCUUCCACUCAAGAUGCAGUGUCCUCGAUGGAUCUCAACAACUGCUCGCGGGUCAACGGAGAAUGGUUGUUUACGAAUCCCUUUGGCGCGGCAGUUCCAGCGAAUCAAUCUUCUGAGCAUCACACUGGACGCGAACUCAGCCUUGAGGAGUCACUACUUUCCGAAGCCUUGGGGAAGCCUGAUUCAGAAUUGCUAAGCUUUCUAACAUCCAAUUUUUCAGUCGGAGAAAACUCGACCCUGUCAUCUCAAGACGGCAAUCAUGUUCACGAGACGCUUCAGAAGGGCUCCCCUUCAAUCGGCAUCAACUUCUCGACCGGCCUCGAAUCCACUUGCACCCCGGCAGCCAGCCCUUCCAAGUCAACAGCCUCGGUCAAGAUCGAAAGCCCGGGGGGCUAUGCGAAUAGAAAACUCUUUAAUUCCAGCGCACUCGAAAACUUUGGGAAUGAGCUUUCAAAGUACAAGAAUGUUUCUCAGGCACAACCUAUAGGAGAAAACGUUGGCCUCGAAGCGUACCCAUCCUCUACCUCUUCGAAUUCCUCUUCUCAUUCCAGCUCGCCUUCUUUGUCCUCCUCGUUUACUUUGAAUUCACGAUCAUCCUCCUACUCCCCUUGCCACUCGUCAGUAGAUCUGAGUCAUUUCAACGAAGCUUCCACGUUUUCCCAAAACGUCCCAGACACUCUCUUCGAGAACGACUUUUACGAACGUGCUCCGGAAGACCUCAUCAACGUCGAUACCCAACCGAAUUUCUUUAAUCCGAUUGCCAAUGAGGGACACCUGGGACUCGAAAGUUUUUACCCUCUUCAACACCAUAUCCAGCAGCAGCAGCAGCAACUGCUACAUCAGCUCGAACUUCAACAAUUAUGGCAGCAAGAUCUACAGCGACAGCAGUCCUGGUCUCAGGGACUUCGACCACAAAUCCCGGAGAUGGCCAAUUUCUUCAAUUCAACUCAAUACCCAGAUGUCCAAUCAACAAACUUUCAAGCACCGCCAGCGUUGAAACCAAUAUUCAUUUGUCACAAGUGUGGCAAAGGCCAUACUCGGCAAAGCAACCUCUUAGCCCAUCUCAGAGAUACCCAUUCACAGGUCAAAAAAGUUGCUUGCGAUUUUCCCGGUUGCACCAAAUCUUACAAGCGAGUUUCGGAGUGUCGAAGGCAUAAAAAGGACCUGCAUGGUAUUCCGCUGCCCAGUGAAUUAAGUGGCAAGGUUCGCAAGCCGCGGUCCACGAUCUCUUCUAUGUUUCGACCUUCAAAAUUCCAAAGCGCUUGA